AUGGUCGAACUCAUUACUCCCCCCGACCCUCGAGACUUGCUCCCUCCUCUCCUCGCCUGUCUUCCCACAGCCUUUGUCUCCCCACGUCCGCCACCAGCUCUCCUCCCACUUCUCUCACCAAUCCUCCGCCAACGUGUCCAAAUUCUGAGCGAAGUUCCCACAUCCCCCAACGAGAAAUGGAUUCAGCUAUUAUGUUGGUCUACCGAUAACGCAGAGCGCCUGCAAAACGUCGUCGGCAACACCACUUUCGAGCCGCAUCCUGUCUCCGGCGAGAUCGAGCUAGCCGAUGAUAUCCCCGUGUCCUACAAGCGGAUUGACGACGAAACUCUGCGCGCGCAAUUCUUACUCCCCGAAUAUAACCUGGCGGUUCUCUACCUUUGGUGUCCUGACGAUGAACAAGGCGGUGGUCGCGGCUGGCGAGUGGCGGAACUACUUCCGCGCGAAAACCCCGCGGCCGACGAGCACACCUGGUCGUCUUCGAUUGGAGAGGCAAAUGUCCAAGCGAGAGAGAAGCUUUUCUCAGAUACGCUGGAUGUUCCAGACCACAGGCAAUCGUCGAACCAGCAGACUAGCCAAGAGGCUGAGGACGAGGAUGAUGAUGCCGAUUACUGGGCUCAAUAUGAUGCUACACCCGGCCGCACGCCUGGUCCCAAAACCCCUGCGCCAGCGGGCAACUCCUCCAACUUCCAAGCACCAGGUCCAUCCGAGGACUCAUAUUUCUCUCAAUACGGCGACGUUCAGCCCGCAAUGGAUAGCCAUGAUCCCGAAGAGCAGGAGAGCGAAGUCGGUCCUACCUCUCUGAAUGGAGAUAUGCUUGCGAAUCUCCUGCGCAGACAAGUGAACGGCCCAGGAAACGAUGAAAGACCGCGCACAAAUGGCUAUGCAGCGGAAGAUGUACCAAAUAACCAUGGUAGAUCUCUCAGCCACCCGCGACCUGCAUCUGGUUCCAUUUCCUCCACCCACUCCGAUACUGUUGCUAGACUGGAACAGGAGGCAGCUAGUCAGUCCAAUUAUGAGGUUGGAGUGAAGCAGCACAUUGGAACCAGUAUAAAGAGCCUUUUUAGGUUGGCCAAGGCGACUGGCGUGAGCCGGGCCGAAUUCCAGAGUAUGGUCCAGAUUGAACUGGAGUUACUGAACAUAACGGAUGAUGACUGA